CGUAACUGCGAGGCAGCAGCGCCACCGUGCCGCCCGUAAGAAGUAUUCGUUUUCAUUAUUCUUACUCCACAAUACUGCUAGUAUUUAAUUUAGAAAUGUUUGGUGUGUGUGCGCGCGCGUGUGUGCAUGGGCGGAGAUACUUGUAAGAUGGUGCUGUUGAUUGUUUUCAAGUCUAUCUCAUUCAGCCGCACGAACACAGAAGAGCUAAAAUGUGGGAGGCUCAGUGUAUUCGCUGCUUUCUGACAGCGGCAUUAUGUGUUGGCUGCUCCGGUUUGAGUCUCACUACUCCCACAAGCCGCAUUUUCGGACGGGUAGGCGGCGAUGUGACAUUUGACGUUUCACCAAAUCCUUCAAAUGUCGUGUUACAGACGGUGACCUGGACGUUAAACAAUACUAACAUGGUGGUGAGUUCGGCAGGUUCUACAGUUGGAUACGGACAGGGAUAUGAAGGGAGAGCCCAUCUGAACACAAUGACGGGAUCUCUGUCGCUCUUCAGACUGACUCUACGGGACUCGGGACAGUACAACGUGAGCAUCGGGACUACUGAGGGGGGGAGUACGAGUGGAAGUGUCACACUUCAAGUGUUAGAUCCAGUUUCUGUACCCACAAUCCAGUCCAAUGUGACUAAUCCUGUAGAGUUCAAUGACACAGUGACUUUGACCUGCACAGCCUCUGGCUCAGACGUCUCUUACCGGUGGUUCAAUGGCAGCUCAGAGGUGUCGGACACUCAGAGGAUUCACUUGAGUGCUGAUAAGAGAACUCUAACGAUAUCAGGCGUGUUGAGAUCAGAUGAUGGGCCCUUCUACUGUUAUGUGUAUAACCAUGUCAGUAACGGCACCAGCAAGCCCUUUAACCUUAAUGUAAAAUAUGGACCGGACUUGCCCAUUUUGUCUGUCAGUCCUAAUAAAUCAGUCUAUGCUGCUGGAUCUUCCCUUAUUUUACAAUGCUCAGCACAGUCCAAUCCUACUGCUCAGUAUCAAUGGUUCUUAAAUGGAACUUCUCUUAACAAAAGAAGCCAGGAGCUCAAAAUAAGGAACAUUCAGGUGGAUCAGGCGGGUAACUACACAUGUUGGGCUUUCAAUGAUGUUACACUCAGGUAUGCUGCUGUCCACAGAGUGAUUGAUGUCAGAGAACCAGUCUCUGACGUUACAAUUCAACCCCCACCAGAAAAACCAACAGAAAAGAAAAACUUUUCUCUGACUUGUAAGGCAGAACAUGCACACUCGUUUCUUUGGCUGAAAGAUGGUAAUUCUCUGGACACUAAUGGCACAAUUUCAUUGUUAAACAACAACCAGACGUUGUCCUUCCUCCCUUUAUUGCAGUCAUAUAGUGGCACUUAUACAUGUAUGGCAUCUAACAUUGUCAGUAAUAAGACCAGCAAAGAAUAUACCUUAGUAAUGAAUAUAUCUACAGGUCAACAAUUGUUAACUACAGAACAAAUUGCAGCAAUUGCUGUGUGCAGUGCUCUUCUUGUACUUGCUGUUACUGCUCUAGUAAUUUUUCUAUUGAUGAGACAUCGUCGGAGCAAUGCAGGUUCUUCUAAGUCCAGCAGUCCAACAGCAAAACCUGAGGAUGCUUUGGUCUACACAACCCCCACAUUUUUGAAGGAGCCAGGAGACAGAAAAACCACACAGAACGCUGAUCCCAACACUCAGUAUGCCAAUAUUAGCAAACAGCCUCAAGUGCAAUCAAACACAGUGACGGAGUAUGCGGAGUUAAGAAGGAAAUAACAGCAACCCCCCAGAACAGACAUUUUGUUAACACCAAGAAGAGCUUUAACUGGAAAUGUGGAAAUCUUUUGCUUUAUAGGCAUGCUUAUUUUAAUAUUUACCAGCUGAAACUCAACAAAUAAGAACCUUGUAUUUAUAACGGGGUACGUAUUAUAUGCAAAAAGAUGCACAAGGCAUUGGAUUUGCUGUGCUUAGCAAUGACCAAUCAAAGUGUACGCAAAGAGUGGGUUUACUGCACACAGGGGAGGCAUAUAUGUUUUAUUGAAGCAUAACCAUUAAACAUAUUUGCUGACAUAUUUGUGUAAACGUUUGUUCUGAAGUGUCUCAAGUGCAACGAGAAGAGUGGCACUCACCAGAUCAUCUUUACCUUUUCUUGACAAAUUAUCACUGGAAGGACAUUGAUCUGUGUUGUGCAAAGCUUAGUUAGCACGAAAGGCAGCAAAAUGCAUUAGCAGCUACAAUUUAGGAACACUUUAUUUAUUGAUAUUUGUAGAGAUGAAAUAGGCACAGUAAAGGAAAUUAAAAGUGACUCAAAAUAAUAGUUAUUUGACUGAUUGAAGCAACUGCAGUUAUCACUAAUAUUUAAUUAAACACCAUAGGAUCAAAUAGACAAAUUAUUUGGAUGCUAUUUGAGAAAAUGAGUGUAAUGGGUUAACGUUUGGGAAAUUCUAAACUAUAAAUAAAAUAUAAUUGUGAAAUAUUUAUUAUUUCUUAUUACUUUAAUGUUGUCCGCAUUAUAAACUUGGUUAAUCAAUUUUUUUUUUACGUUUGGAGGGUAUUAAAGCCAAUUGUCGCAUCACCAUGCUCAUGGCAGAACGCAAACACACAUUCGAUUUGUGUCAAUUAAUACUUACAAGUUAAAUACACAUCUACGUCCUUAGGUUGUGGAAAAAAAUUGGAGAACCCUGAGAGACAACAAUACCAGCCACUGUCCUGCUGUGCUCCACAUAUAGCACAUGAUAUAACAGAAUAAUAAUAAUAAUAAUAUAGUAGAAUAUAAUGUUUAUACAUGAGUAGAGGUCAAUUUCUCAAUUUAAUUAGGUAAAAUUAGGUACAUUUCUUAAGCAUCUCAUCAACUCAUAUUGUAGAAGACAGCAAGGUAUUUGCUUCAAUAAUGUGGCCAGACACUAGAUAUUUCCACCAUAUUGACUCAUAAGUUAGACAGAUAAAACACAACAUAUAUAGUUCUUGUUUUAACUUCUGUUUAGUGGAACACAGCAAAUGAUCCCAAUAUUUUAGCAGUGAAAAAUGAGUUAAGAUGACUUUUGCAACAGAAUGCUACAAAUUCUGCUAAAGCAGGAAACCCAGCAGUAUCAGAUUCAUUUCUUCCUAUAACAAAGUGCUACAGAUUUUGUAUAUGCAGUAGGAUAAAAUUCUUAUCAGCAACCUUUGAUUUGCCUUGAAAUAAGGAACUUACUGUGUUUGUGCAGUUCAGAAUUAUCAAGAUGGCGAUCCAUGUACUAAGCCACAACACAACCACAUGAGUGUGUGAUAAACAUUUAUCUUCCUGAUUUGCUUUUGAUACUUCAUAAAACAUGAGAUGUGCUGCUUUUCUAAUGUGCCUUUUAUACAAGUUAAAGCAAAAAUUAUUUUUUAUGCACUGACUAAUUUCAGCAUCUAAAAGUGUGUCAUGGCAAUCAGGCAAUGUGUGAUGUUUAAAUGAUUAUUUAAGAUGCCUCAGUAAACAAAUUCAUUGAGUCAGAAAUUAUUACUAUUGAUUUUUUUAUUUAGAUAAAUUAUUUUGACAAUUGUCUGUGUGUGUUCAUUUUUAAAUAAAUGUAAACUUGGCCUAAAACAGAUGUCCAGUUGGUAUUCUUUAUGUACAAAAUAAUACAGACAUGAAGGUACCCAAUCAGCUUCUUUCAGCUACACUGUAAGGUAAACAUCUUCCAUUAGUCUACCAUUUAAUAUAUUUUAAUUUAACAUACUAUUUACUAAUUCUGAUUCAAACCAUCCUU